AUGCGCGUUUCGACUCAGAUCUCCCUGCUCCUGGCUGCGGCCGGUGCGCACGUCUCUGCUCAGGAUGCCACGACAGGUCAAUUGGGCGAUGCGGCCGCGAUUACCAACAACCCUGAGAAUGCGGUGUACAAGGCGAUCCUGCCCAGGUCAGCCUUCUUUGAGCCGGCGUAUCCCGAGGGCGGCAACAUUGAGGGCGAGGUGACGGCCCGGGCCGGCGACGGCGGCAAGGGCGUGCGUUUCAGCGUCAAGCUCAACAACCUGCCUUCGACUGGCGGGCCUUUCACCUACCACCUGCACGUCAACCCCGUCCCCGUAACGGGCAACUGCACCGAAACGCUCGCGCACUUGGACCCCUACAUCCGCGGUGAGGACCCGUCCUGCAACAAAGAUGCUCCCGAGACGUGCCAGGUCGGUGACCUGAGCGGCAAGCACGGCAAGAUCCAGCCCGGCGACGACUUGUCGUUCGAGGCGGAAUACAUCGACGACUACGCCACGACCGUCGAGGGCCUCGGCGCCUUCUUCGGCAACCGCAGCAUCGUCUUCCACUUCCCCAACAAGACUCGCAUCACCUGCGCCAGCUUCGAGCGCGUCCGGCUGCCCGGCGGCGGCAAUGGCGAUAGCUCCUCGACUGCCUCGUCGCCCUCGAGCUUCACCACCCCGCCCUCAAGCUUCACCACCCCGCCGCCGACCUCGACCUCCGGCUCUGGUGGUGACGAGGGCAGCGCUACCGCCUCGCCGACCAGCGCUACUAGCAGCGUGUCGACUGGCGCCGCGGCGAUUCUAGGCAGUGGCGCGGGUGGUAUUGCGGCGGUUGCUGGUCUGGUGGCUAUGAUGUUUUAA